GUCUUUCGCAUUGGACACGACUGGGCGGCAGCUAUUCUGGCUGGAUGAUGACGAAAGGUUAAUUAUGACGUCACAACUCAAUGGCAGCGAGCCGAAGAGAAUACUUGGUUGGAUGAAACGUUCUAGGCACAUAUUCUUGGAUACAUUGAAUAGAUGGCUGUACUGGGACGCCAAGGACCCCCAACGCAUACUAUAUAAAACGAACCUGGAUGCCCCUGGAUACUCUCGCUACAGUAUGUCACCGAUAGACGCGAUAAACUGCUUGUUUAUUGAUAAUCAAGGGAAUAAUCUGUACUGGGUGGAUAACAUUGUUAGUAAUCUGAAAUCCCUGAACCUCUCUCAACCCGGAUCUAACGUCACGGAAUUGUACCAACUACCGAUCGCCAAACCCGUUGGUAUAGCUUUACACGGAGGGCAUUUCUUUGCGUUGUAUGGUGAUUCUGUGAUACAGUAUCAGCUCGAUACACCAGAGGAUGAAGUCCGCUUUGAUGUGACCGCCUGGUCCCUAGAUGGAGUCCCAUUUCAAAUCAAAAUGAAGAGGGCAAGGGGACUCUUUGUCAGACGGUUUUAGAGGGCUGUUUCCAUAUGCAGGGUCUAGUGAUGGUUCUAGAGGUUUCCUUUGGAGGAAGAGUCAAACCCCCAAUAAUUCUUGGUAUAUAAAGAUUAUAUCUUCACUAAACUUCAUGGACGAAAAUAUUGUCGAUCAAUAUAAUAUUAAUAAAUUAAGUUCUGAGAAGAUAUGAAUCAUAUCUAUCAAGUAUAAAUCAUAUUCCCACAACCCAUCAUGCAAAGAGAUACGAACAAUUUAGUUAAACUUUAGAGGCAACAUUGCAUUUUACUCUUCUCUUGCACUUUAUUACAUUUACAAAUCGUAUAGAUUUAAAACGUUAGCAUAUUUCCACAUUAACAAAAUUUGAAACCUCAAUAUCACUUCCGUGGGUUUCAUCAAUAACUACUGCCUGUAAACAAGACAAUAUCGAAUCAUCUUUGUUCAUGGGGUUCUAGGACAAUAACCCCCUG